AAAGAGACUGCAGCAAGCCAACUAGGACUCAAGGCAGCUGGAAGCAACGAUGAGGGGCCCAGCAGGCUUCUUCCUUUGCUCACUUCUGCUGGUGUCUACCCAUCGCGCAGAGGCUGCUGACCCAGAGCCUGACCCCAAAACACCAUGUGCCAACUGGAUGGGAGGAGCUCCUGGCUACCCUGGCCACAAUGGGGUCCCUGGACGGGAUGGGAAAGAUGGAAGAGACGGACUAAAGGGAGAGAAAGGAGAGGAAGGUAUGCAAGGUCCCAAAGGUGACCAAGGUGAAAUAGGAGUUCCAGGGCAUGAAGGGCCAAGAGGAUUUCCUGGACAGCCAGGGCAGAAAGGGCAGAAGGGCGAAGGUUCCUUUGUCCACCGCUCUGCUUUCAGUGUGGGGCUGACAGAGCGAGCCCCCCAGCCCAAUGUCCCCAUCCGCUUCAGCAAGAUCUUCUACAAUGAGCAGAACCACUACGAUGCCAGCACUGGCAAGUUCGUCUGCAGCAUCCCUGGCACCUACUACUUCGCCUACCACCUUACAGUCUACCUGUCUGACGUCAAGGUCAGCCUCUACAAGAAGGACAAGGCAGUGGUCUUCACCUAUGACCAGUUCCAAAAGAACAACGUGGAUCAAGCUAGUGGCUCUGUCUUGCUGCACCUCAGCUCUGGGGAUGAGGUCUGGCUUCAGGUGUAUGGCGAUGGAGGCAACAACGGUGUCUAUGCUGACAACAUCAAUGAUUCCACUUUCAUGGGCUUCCUCCUGUACCCAGACCUGGAUGUCUAUUAAAGCAGAGGGUACUACAUGGGAAAGGAUGAGGUGGCUUAACCCCGGAUGUCAUCCUGGGGCUCUGACGCUAUAGCUACUCUGUAUUUACCCAAAAAUUGCUUUUUGCGGGGGCGACAAUGGCCAAGGGUGGACCUGAUCUCCUGUGAAAGAAGUGAACUUACACAGGAGUGACUUCCACAGGACCAAGAGUUCACUGCUACAUCUGCUCUUGCUUUCCUUGUGGAAACCCAAGCUCAAACACACUCCUACCACAUCGUGAAAGAGCAGCACACAAGACAGCCUAAUGUUUUUAAAAUUUAAAAGUGAUAAGAGAAAAAUUGGUUACAUUUAAAUACCACAUUCUAAAUUUCCAUGUUUUAACCACCUGAA